AUGCCAAAGAAAGCCAUCGAUGCGCGCAUACCGGCGCUGAUUCGCAAUGGCAUGGCAGAGAAGAAGCGAUCUUUCUUUGUCAUCGUCGGCGACCGUCAAAAGGAUGUCAUCGUCAACCUCUACCACAUUUUGCUCAAUCUUGACAUCAAGUUGAACAAAUCCGUGCUAUGGGCGUACAAGAACAAGCUUCUGGGGUUCUCCUCUCACCGACAAAAACGGGAGAAGAAGAUUAAGAAGGAGAUCAAAAGAGGUGUCCGUGACACGGACAAUGAGGAUCCAUUCGAGCUGUUCGUCAGCACACAGAACAUUCGAUAUGUGUACUACAAGGAGACGGAGAAGAUUCUGGGAAACACGUACGGCAUGUGCAUUCUGCAGGACUUUGAGGCGAUCACACCGAAUUUGCUUGCAAGGACAAUGGAGACGGUCGAAGGUGGAGGAUUGGUGUUGCUGUUGUUGAAGGGCAUGAACAGCUUGAAGCAGCUGUAUACUCUAUCCAUGGACAUUCACUCGCGAUACCGGACAGAGGCCCAUGGAGAUGUGACAGCGCGAUUCAACGAGCGAUUCAUCCUAUCUUUGGGAAGCUGCGAAUCUUGCUUGGUUGUGGACGACGAGAUGAAUGUCUUGCCCAUCUCGGGUGGAAAGAGCGUGGUUGAAAAGCAAAUCUCAGACGAGGACAACGAGAAGGUCAAGUCGAGACUGGAGCUGGAGGAAAUCAAGGAGAAUCUGGCGGACACAAAACCGGUGGGAGAUCUUGUCAAACUGGCAAAGACAGUCGAUCAAGCGAAAGCACUUCUUACGUUCGUGGAGGCCAUCGCAGAGAAGACACUGGCAAGUACGGUCACUCUCACAGCAGCUCGUGGACGAGGUAAAUCUGCCGCGUUGGGUGUGGCUAUCGCAGCGGCCAUUGCACAUGGCUACAGCAACAUCUUCAUCACCUCUCCCUCGCCCGAGAAUCUGAAGACUCUGUUCGAGUUCGUCUUCAAGGGUUUCGAUGCGCUGGGGUACCUCGACCACUCCGAUUAUACCAUUAUCCAAUCUACAAAUCCCGACUUCAACAAGGCCAUUGUCAGGGUCAAUGUUCACCGACAACAUCGACAGACCAUCCAAUACAUCCAACCUCAAGAUGCAUACACUCUUGGACAGGCUGAGCUGCUCGUCAUUGACGAGGCCGCAGCCAUUCCACUUCCGCUCGUUAAGAAGCUCAUGGGUCCAUAUCUCGUCUUCAUGGCGUCGACGAUCAACGGCUAUGAAGGCACUGGUCGAUCUCUUUCAUUGAAGCUCAUUCAACAGUUGCGUGAGCAAUCAAGAGGCGGCUCCAAACUGCAAUCAGACGAAAAGGUCACUGGAAGAGAAAACGGCAACAAGAAGGACGUCGACUACACACCACGCACAUCUCGCUCACUCCGAGAGAUCACCCUCUCAGAGCCAAUCCGAUACGCUCAAGGCGAUGCAGUCGAGAAAUGGCUCAAUCGACUUCUCUGUCUCGACGCUACACUCCCUCGAGCAUCAAGCAUACAUGGCACGCCCCACCCUUCCGAAUGCCAACUCCUUCAAGUCAACCGCGACACUCUCUUCUCAUUCCACCCCGUCAGCGAGAAGUUUCUCCAAAACAUGAUGGCUCUCUACGUCGCCUCUCAUUACAAGAACACACCCAACGAUCUUCAACUCAUGUCCGAUGCACCCGCCCACCAACUUUUCGUGCUUGUCGCUCCAGUCAAAGAAGACUCCAACCGCCUUCCCGAAAUUCUGUGCGUCCUUCAACUCGCAUUGGAAGGCCAAAUAUCUCGCGAAAGCGUUCUCAACUCACUUUCGCGCGGACAGCGAGCGGGGGGCGAUCUUAUUCCGUGGCUUGUCUCUCAACAAUUCCAGGACUCCGAAUUUGCCGGUCUCUCCGGCGCUCGCAUUGUCCGCAUCGCCACAAAUCCCGACUACGCCAGCAUGGGAUACGGCUCACGCGCUCUCACACUCCUCACCGAAUUCUACGAAGGCAAACACAUCUCCCUCGACGAGUCAUCAUCUUCCCUCCCGAUCUCCACAGAAGAAGCAUCCAUGCCCCGAGUCUCCGACUCCGACAUCGAGAAAUCCUCCCUUUUGACCGACAACGUCAAAAUCCGCGACAUCACCGCGAUGCCUCCUCUCUUCGCCCGCCUCUCCGAACGUCGACCGGCACCUCUAGACUACCUCGGCGUCUCCUACGGUCUCACUCAACCCCUCCACAAAUUCUGGCACCGCGCAGGCUUCGCUCCCGUUUACCUCCGCCAGACCGCCAACGACCUGACUGGUGAACACACUUGCGUCAUGCUCCGCACCCUCGACGCGGACUCCUCCACCGCCGACGGAAGCUGGCUUGCGGCGUACGCGAAGGACUUCCACUCCCGUUUCCUCUCCUUACUAGGCUACCAAUUUCGCGCUUUCGGUAGCGUGCAAGCUCUCGCCAUCGAAGAGAGCGCACGGAAAGGCUUCACCAACAGCUCGUCAUCUAUCGGUACAGCCACCUCUCUCACGAAGAAAGACCUCGACGCGACAUUCUCACCAUGGGACAUCAAGCGCUUAGACUCCUACGCCAACAACAUGCUCGACUACCAUGUCAUUCUCGACCUCCUACCGCGCAUCGCGGCUCUAUACUUCUCCGGACAGCUCGGCACCGGCUCCGACGGCGUGACUCUUUCUGGGAUUCAAAAGUCCCUCCUCUGUGCAAUCGGACUACAGCGAAAAGUCCUCGAAGACCUGGAGAAGGAAUUGGGCGUUGGUAUGUCGCAGCUACUGGCUAUGUUCGUCAAAGUCAUUCGGAAAAUCUCGACUUUUUUGAGGAAGGUGCAAGAAGGUGCGAUUGUGGAGGAGAUGCCGGAUGCUCCUACCUCUGGUGGAGUCGAUCGGGAUGGUGAAGGUACCAUCGAGAUUGAUGGCAAGGCUGUAGCGAAAGAUCUGGCGGACGACUUGCAGGACGCGGCGGAUGAGUUUGUUGAGGACAAUGCCGAGCGAGAGCGUAAGCGCGCGGCGAUUGACAGUCUAGCGCUUGACCGUAUGGGUGGCGAUAAGACGACGGGAGAGGGUUGGGAAGCUGCUGAAAAGGCGGUGAGGGACGAGGUUGAGAGGAAGAAAAAGGGGAAGAAGAGUGGCAAAGAUGAGGUGCUGACCAUUGCGGUCAAAACGGGAAAGGGAGAGGAAAAGAAGAGGAAAGCGGGGCAAGCGCUGGGAGAGGCGUUGAAAGAGGUUGAGGAUGGAGGAGGGAAAAAGAGGAAGGGUGGGAGUGGAGGGAAGAAGAGUGGUAGAUAA